AUGGUGGUAUACAGCUCUGGUAUGCAACACCUGCAACAAAGUUUCAACAGUAACAUCCUGUCAAUAGCACAUGCAAAUAGUGUUAUUGACAGGAAAAGGCCAGUCACAGCUGUUGUGUGCUGCAGGACAUGGUGGUAUCCUCUGGAAGAAAGAAGCAAAAUGGCGACCAGUCAGAGAAAGAAAGGAGGGGUUCAACGAGUCGAGGGCAAGUUACGGGCUUGUAUCGAACGUGGAGACUACUAUGAAGCUCACCAGAUGUACAGAACACUUUAUUUUAGAUACUCUGCCCAAAAGAAAUACAGUGAAGCAUUAGAGCUGACAUAUUCUGGAGCAUCUCUUCUUCUGGAACACAAUCAGCUUUGCAGUGGUGCAGACUUAGCCAUGUUGUGGCUGGAGGUUCUAACCCAGGCCAAUAUACAUGUCAGCAAGGAAAACAUAGAUAGAGCAAUGAGCUUGUUUAAGGAUCUGGAAGCUGACUCUCCAGAGAGGAUAUCAUAUAUCAAUGCAGCGCUGAAGUGGACCAAAACUGUCCACCCUGACGAGACAUCCGGACACCCACAGCUGCACAACCAACUAGCUAUAGUCUUCUGGAAAGAAAAGAACUACAUCCAGUCUAGAUACCAUUUCCUGCACUGUUCCGAUGGGCAGGGCUGUGCCACCAUGCUGAUAGAACUGUCCCUACAACAGGGCUUCCCUAGUGAGGUGGACCUCUUCAUAGCUCAAACUGUUUUCCAAUACCUGUGCUUGAACAACAAGAGUACAGCAAAAGUCACCUACAUGACUUACACAGAAAGUCACCCACAGAUAGAGGAUGGACCUCCCUUUCAGAAGCCUCUCCUCAACUUUGUGUGGUACCUCCUACUUGCAGUGGAAGAUUGCCUGACAGGUGGUAGCAGUGGUAAGGUGACAGUAUUCUCUGUGUUAUGUGAUGUAUAUCAGCCGUCCAUCAGGAGGGACCCUUCAUACCUUCAGUACUUGGACAGAAUAGGGCAGCUGUUCUUUGGUCUUCCACCUCCCCAGCAGUCUGGUGGUUCAGGAUUGCUAGAUAAUUUGAUCCAAAGUUUCCUGCGGGGAGAAGAGGAGGACACCCCACCUCCAGCUCAACCAGAGGAAGAGGAUGUUGAUUAGAAUUAAGUUCUUACCAGACUCCUACAUGUGUAAACGUUUCAGCAAACUUACCUGACAGUGUAUCUAUUACUAUUAGUUUCUGCUGCAGAACAUUUGCAACAACUCCUUGAUUUUUUAAAGCUCAUUGUGUCAAAUCUUGGCACAGAAAUCAACACAGUUGAUUGUACUUGAAUAUUACUGUUAACUUAGUAAAUGCAUACUUUAGGGAUUGCAUGGACUACUCCCAAUUAAGAAUGUUUGAUUUAGUGACCCCCCCAUACGCAACCAAUACGGAAAUAGAUUUAAAGCUGGAGAUAGCCCUGAAGUAGAAGAACCAAACACACUUAUCGAGAAGACUCAAUAGAAAGGAACAAAUGAGCUAAAGUGAAUGGGAUUUGGGUUGAAAGAUUCAACUAAUUUUCCAACCAUUUUAAGAUAGGUCUGUGCUGCAAACUACCAACCCAUCUACCAGCAAGAUUUUCAUGUCCACACAGUUACAGAACUGAGGACACGAUUACUCUGUAUAUAGAAGGAAACUUUAAUUAUAUGAUUUAAACUAUGUGAUAUGUGAAGUUUUGAAUGUGGGUGAUAUAUGAAUGCUAUUCAAAAUUUUCAUUUUUUUCUUGAAAUUGUCAUUAUAUCUUGCCAAUGUCCCCCCAAACAUGAGUAGACAAUGUUUUCAAUGAUUUAGACUCAAUGGAUUUCAUGUGUUGGUAAAAAAAAACUACUUAUUACUAGUUUCCAGUUUCAUACUUGGGAAAGAAGUAUUUACUAUUAAAUACUAUGCACAUUAAACCCAAGCACAAUGCCCUUCGUGGCUUACAAAGGAUAUGUAAACAUUAUUACAAGGUAUUUAUGAAAGUUUCGGACAAAAAAAGAGCCCUUGGCCUUGUAUAGUUCAAUAUGCUGUUUAUCUUAAAAUGUCCAGAUGAACUAAUAUAGGAAUAGCCUGUUUCAUAAAGUUUGAUGGUAAUUUAUUAAAUAUUCUCAACGAGUACAGAUAUCAAGAACUUGAGGGAUGUGCCCCGUUAAGUUUGGGAUCAUCUCAGAAAAGUUGUAAUUUUCAUUGUCGAAUCUCUGUUCAAGUUGGGCAGAAUAAAGAAUUGCUAUUAAAUGUAA